AUGAACUCUGUAAACGAUCCGUGGCACAUCAAUCCAUCAGAUCUGCUAAAUGGCGAUGGAGGUGUCUUGUAUGAGGAUGCGUUUGACGCCAAUGGUCUCAGCGACUUUGAUCAAUUGCUCGGUAUUAACUAUAACGAUGCCAAUAAUUUAUUAAGCCAAGAAUUCAAAGAUUUAGAUAUACCUUUGAUAACCAAUUCGUCGUGCGGAAGAAAUUCUUACGAUGACCAGACUCCCGAUACAUCUAAAUUUAAGUUUGAUGAUUUACAAGUCCAUGACUCGCAUGCUGCAGCAAAAUAUGGUAGCAGUGGUGCUACUGGUCAUAAGAGGGGCCCCAGUGGGACUGCCAUCUUUGGCUUUCUCAAUCAUAAUAAGACAUUGAGUAUCUCUAAUUUACAGAAAAACGUCUAUUCUGAUACUCAAAAAUCGUAUCAACCACUCAUGGAGACGAAUGAAAAAGUGUCUACUUCGACCGACAACAAUUUCGGUCAAACUUUACUCAAACAACAGGAGCAAUUACGGCUAGCUUUAGAGCGGCAACAUGAGGUAAAUAAGAGAUUGGAACAGCAAUUACAGGAGAACAAGUUGCAGCAAGAAAGACUGCAACGGGUGCUAGAUGAACAAGAAAUGGUAGCACAUCAGUUCGCCGCUGAUGAGACGCCACGCACAGCUGCUACGAACCAGCGUUGUACGGCCGGACCGGAUAAUGGACUGAUCAUCACUUCAAAUACCAAGAGCGGCGGAUUUCAGUUCCCACCUCCGACAAUGAUUUCUCCACCGACCUCUAAUGCUUCGAUAAAUGGUUCGCCCACCAGGAAGCCACAUCGUGUUAGAACCAGAAUUGGGAACAAGAUUUCACCUCCGUCGUCGGAUUUCGAAGCUUUCCACAGUGAUAUUGACUACAACAGCAAAGACCUAUACGUUCCCGAUUUUGCUCAACAACCUGUCGAUAGAAAUGAAAUUCAGAACUUUCCUAACAAUAUCAAGCCCACAAACACUGAAAACAUCUAUAAGAAUCCUUUUUGCACCAAUGAUCAAUCAAGAGCACUAUUACAUAAAAAGAAGGAAUCUGUGACUUCGACAGUGUCGACUAUUCCUCAGCAUCAGGAUGACAGUAGUGAUAGUGAGACAGGAAGUCUCAUCGGAUUGGGAAUUCAGGUAAAUAGAAGAGGUUCAAACAAUGGUCGCGGUUAUACAUUAAGGCCUCCACCUAUAGACAUAUUGCCAUCAAUCCCCGGUUCGUCAAAUAACACACCUGUGGGAAAAAAGCCCCAGCUCCCAGAGAAGCGUACCUUCCAGCAUACCCCCAUUAAAACACAACAGCAUCAUCAACAUCAACAAAACGCCAGUGCCAUAGGGUUCACUGACAAACUUUUUAGUAAUGGAGUGGAAACGCCCCAUCUAAAACCACCAUCAAUGCCGAUUGCCAGCAGUCGCAGGAGUAGCGACUAUGCAUCGGAUUAUCCUGAUAAUGGUGAGGGCGAUAUCGAUAUUGAUCCUCAUUUACAGGAAAACGACGAACCCGAGAGCAGAUUUGUGGUCGCCAAGACACCAUCUCCUGUUUUAAAAUCUCAAGGUAAAUUUGAAGGCUCAUCGCCACAAUUCGAUUUGGGUUCCAGUAAUAAAGGAAGUCCGACCAAGAUAACUCGAAAACCAACAACGCUACCACGAGGUUCAAUUGACAGAUACGUGAAGGAACUACCCGAUCGAAUAUUUGAGUGCAUGUAUCCAAAUUGUAAUAAAGUGUUCAAGAGGCGAUAUAAUAUCCGCUCUCAUAUACAAACCCAUUUAGAAGACAGGCCGUACGUUUGUGAUUUUGAAGGAUGUGAUAAGGCCUUUGUUAGAAAUCACGAUCUGGUCAGGCACAAGAAGUCACACGCGGAGAAGACGUACGCAUGUCCUUGCGGCAAGAAGUUCAACCGUGAAGAUGCCUUGAUUGUGCAUCGAAGUAGGUUGAUCUGCUCUGGCGGUAAGAAAUAUGAAAAUGUCGUCAUUAAAAAGUCACCUCGAAAACGAGGUAGGCCCAAGAAAGACGGAUCGACGAGUGUCUCAAAUAGUCCGAUAAAAGAAUCAGUCGCCAGGGAUCGCGAUGGAUAUCUUAUGUUCAAGAUGGAAGAGCAGCUCCGAAAUGAAAUGGAGAUGUACGGUCUAUUAAAACCACCAUCUCACAUAAGUAGUGCCGCGAUUUUGUCGCCGGCGGCAAAUUCAGGUCGUAAUGACUCAAACUCGCCGUGA